AUGUUGUCCAGACUCUCCGCGCUGCGGCUCCGGCUCCGCUCGGGUCCGGUCUGCUUCGCCGCUUCGGGCUCCAGCUGCAGGUCGACGGUGGAACAUGACCGAGCGAGGCAGCGCUUCUCCGUCUCUCCGGGCACCGGGGCCGAGGCCCAUGAAUGUGCAGUACUGAGCUAUAGAUUCACCGGAGAGAAGGAGGUGGAUCUAAUAUCGACCUUUGUACCAGAGACGUUCAGGGGCCAAGGUGUCGCUGCACUGCUGUCACAGGCUGCCAUGGACUUUCUGGUUGAAGAAAACCUCAAGGCUCGUGUCUCCUGUUGGUACAUAAAGAAAUACAUUGAGGAGCACCCGGUGCAGCAGUUUAAAGACCUAGUCAUCCCCUGACUGCUGCUGAGGACCAUCACUGCUACCUCAAGUCAACUAUAACCUCCUUUUACAACACUACAGAGGCCAAAUGGAGGCAUUAUAAUUGUAUAAGUAUUUGUUUUUCUCUGGAAUUGUAUGACAUUUCAUACGAUCAAUACCCAUCAAACUGCGGCACAGAAUAAGUUACAUUUUUGAAGAAUCAUAAAUUUGAUAUGAGUGAAGUUAAGAUGAAAGUUGCCGCUUUAUAAUAAUUUAAUUUUGAUGUGUUUUUGAUAAUCUGAAACUAUCAAAUUGAUUUAUCUUUUUAAUCAUGCAUCCUUAAUAUAUUAUUAUUAUUUUUGUUUAUUCUUAAUUGGGGGGGAAAAAACAUUGAAGUAUCAGGUAUAAGGAGUAGAUAUUGAUGAUGUUGGGUUAUUUUUAAAGUAAUAUAAAGUGAUAAUUUGUAUGUAUUUAUGGACAAGACAUGAUCUGUUUAUAAGCGAACAUGAACCGGAUUAUCAACUUGUUUACCAUUGAAAAUAAAAUGAUGAUUUUGACAGCA